AUGGGUAAAAGAAAAUCAAAACAGUCGAUCUCGACCAGCGUGUGUCCAAUCAAGGUAAAACAGAAGUUAUCUAAAACUGGGAUACACAAGAGAACGAAGAAGAAUAAAAAUAAACAAAAUAAAAAUAUAAAAAAGUUAUUUGAUAACCUGCGCACUGAAGCUAGUUCCUCAAACAGCAGUAUUAAUACUGUAAUAGAGAUUGUCGAUAAUACUCAGGAAACAAAUGAAAGCACUGAAAAUUUACCAAUUGUAAUAGAAGACGACACAAUAGUAAAUUCACCAAGUAAAGUUGAAACACCACGUGCCAGUUUCAAUCUAUGUCCUAUUCAGUGCUCCACACCUAAAUAUAAAAUUUCAAAUAAUAAUAAUAAUGAUUGUGAUUUUAGUAAUGAUGUUGUUAAUCUUACCAGAGAGAUUAAUAAUGAUUCUUAUGUAACUAUAGAUUUAACAGCAGAUAGCACAGGCCACACAACUAAACACAACACUGUGAUCGAUUUAAUUAAUAAUUCAUCAUUAGAUUCCAAUAUAUCUAUGAGCGGUGAUUUGGAUGUCACCGUUAUUAAUACUAAAAAGCAUUCAAAUAGAAAUCAAUUGCGCAAGUUUGUAACUGGUAUAGCUAAUAUGGACUCAUCAGAAAAAGGAAAGCUGUUAGAAAUGAUUGCUCAAAAGAUUUUCAGCGGUUGUGAUGGCCCUCAUAGUCUACACAGUCUUAGAAAUGGCAUCAGCAGAGCAACUGAAACCAUAGAAGAUGCUUUUAUAAGGGAAGUAAUUCUUGGACAGGCGCCUUCAAGGAAUAGUAUCGGAAGUAACAUCUACAAUCCUGAAAGGGAUAUUAGAAAUAAGACUGGGCUCCGAAUGGUUGUGAUAGAUGGCAGCAAUGUCGCGAUGCAACACACAAAAGGCCGGAUAUUCUCAGUGAAAGGAUUAAAAAUAUGUAUAGACUAUUUCGUGAAUCGAGGCCAUGUUGUGAAAGCUUUUGUGCCACACUUUAGAUGUAAGUUAGGGAAGAGUACCGAUGGACGGUUGCUAGAUCAGUUGGAGAGACAAGGUUUAGUUGUGUACACUCCAUCGAGGGAGAUACAGGGUCGAUUUAUCACUUCGUAUGAUGACAGAUAUAUUGUACAAUGUGCAGCUGAGUUUGACGGCGUAAUUGUCUCUGGCGACAACUACAGAGAUCUAAUGGCCGAGAAUCCAAGAUGGCGUUACAUCAUAGAGAAUAGACUGUUACAAUUCACUUGGGUUGGGGACAUGAUAAUGUUCCCCAGGGAUCCUUUAGGAAGAGACGGGCCAACGUUAGAGCAAUUUCUGCGGCAUCCGUUCCCUAAUGAAAGAAAAUAA